UUCAUAAUCGAAAUUCAGUCGAUUCUAUUAGCUUUAUAAUCGAAAUAAUCGAGCUAAAACACUGUAUGCCAAAGCAAUAACGAAACGCAAUUGGUUAUUGACAUUUUGGCGUGUAGCGAAGCUUUCGGCGAUGAAUGUAGCGUUUUUAUCACAUAAAAUGUAUUUAUUAUAGUUUUUAAGCGAAUUUAAUUAAACAGUAUGUAUGAUUAUUAUAUUAGUGACCACUAUAUACGUCCCUAAAUAGUUUUAAACUGAGAAUAAGGCGGUGAACACUUAAAAAUGAGUGUCCAAAAGAAUAACGGGCCCAUCAUAGACCCUGCGUUAUGCAGAUGCUGCCGAGCAAUAAAGAAAUGUAGGGUUCUAACAGCCGAAUAUAACUGGAUGGGUAAAAAGGAAGUCUACGCCGACAUGGUCAUGGAUUGCUAUGGUAUAUUGCUAUCCCAUGUGGAUGACAACGAGAAGGACUCAGGGGUGUGCGCAACCUGCGUGGUGCGCCUGCGCGAGGCCAUUGCGUUCCGGCACCAGGUGCUGCAGUGUGAGGAGCUGUUCCUGCAGGCGAAGCUGGCUCCGCCCGAGGAGGACACUAAUAACAUUAACUAUGAAAACAAACUAAAAAAGCUGGAGCUAGAGAACAUAGAACUGAAGACUGAGCCCAAGGACUACAACAGCGACCACAACUCCGUCGGGGACGACCGCCACGACGCACUACCUACUUAUAGUGAUGAUGAAGAUAACAAACCCCUAAAACCCGAGUCGAAGCCCGACGAGCUGCCCCUCAAGGACGAGGAAAUGAAGAGCGAAGACUCGGAGGAGUACAACGGGAGCUCCAGCGACUCCGACGAGCCCAUCAAGAAGAAGGUCAAGAGAAAAAAGAAGACGAACGGGAAGGAAAAGAAGAAGACGGCUAAGAAGCAGAAAGCAGGUACCUCAGCAAAGAAAACACCUAAAGUGAUAAAGAAACCACCGGUAGAAAAGAAAAACACCUACGACAGGGACCUAGAUUGUAUGUCAGAAGAAAAUUUACUCACCAUCAUUGAGUACUCAUACGUCUGUCCGUUCAAGAAUAGAAGGAAUAACUACUAUUGCUUCUACUGUAAGGACUACUACGCCAAACCAGAGGACCUCCGAGCCCACACAGUAUCCCACGACACGAAGCCGUUCCAGCUCCUCAUGGGCUACAAAAAAAUGCCCAAAAUCGACAUCACCCGCAUCGACUGCCGCCUCUGCACCACCAAGAUCGACGACCUAACCACAUUCAAACAACAUAUAGACCAAAUACACGGCAAAAAGAUAUACUUCGAGGCCCCAGACAAGAUGCUACUCUACCGUUUAACGUGGAACGACCUAGUAUGUGUUAUGUGCAGUGAUGUAUUUGAAGAUUUCAACGCUUUGAACACACAUAUGGUCGAACAUUUCAGUAAUUUCACCUGUGAUAUGUGUGGUAUGUGUUUCUUAGAAAAGCCUAGGUUAGACGCCCAUUUGAAACGACACAAGGAUGACGAGAGACAUACUUGUGAAGUUUGCGGUAAGGUAUUUAAGAGUAAUCAUUAUAAGGAUAUGCAUGUCGAUAUUGUUCAUAAGAAAAAGGCGAUAAUACGCUGUCCGCGUUGCGAUGAAUGCUUCAUGUCUUACGCUUUAAAAAAUAAACAUUUAACUGAAGCGCACGGACAGAAACGCACUUAUCCUUGCAAUUUAUGCGAUAAAAUUUAUAACAGACAGAAAACUUUAACUGAGCACCAGCGUAGAAAUCAUCAGAAAGUAUUAAAACAUCAGUGUGAAUAUUGCGAUCAAAGAUUCUACUUACCAUCCAGACUGAAAGAGCAUAUGGCAACACAUACUGGGGAAAGAAAUUUCCGUUGCGAGUACUGUGAUAAGAGUUAUCCCAGACUUAAAUCUUUGCAGUAUCAUAUACGGACGCAUACGAACGACCGUCGGUACAGAUGCCAUAUAUGUGGGCAGGCCUUUAUACAGAAUGCGAGUUUGAAAUCGCACAUUAAGAGUCAUCAUCCGGAGUGCGAUAUUGAGCAAUGUUAUUUUUAAGGUGACGCUUAAAAUGAAGUGCUUUAGUUGUCAACGCUUCGGUCAAACGUUUAAUUCUUUAAUAUGUCUACGUUCUUUGUACCACGGCUUGCAUGGGUCAUAUAUAUAUAGUCCUCCACAUCGAUUUCGAUGACGGCGACCUCAGCAAUCAAGGGUUUUUCCUCUUAUGAGCUCUUAUGUGGCUGGCCAGGCCAAACUUGCUCUUAAACACCCUUUCACCUUCACAACAGUAUAGUUAACCGGCCGCGUUGUAUGUAUACACGUAGGAGGGCUUAGGUCUAUCCUUGCGUAGUUGGCGUUUUACAUCUAAUGUAGCGAGGCGGUUUUCCUCAAACGACUUGGUAGAUUCGAAGAUGGUCAUGCACACGGUGGACAAAAAAUAUGUGCAUUCCCGUUGCCGGGGAGGUUUUGGGAUUAUACUGUGCAACUUUUACUAUGGGACCAACCCCGAAAUUGCGAAAAAAAAUUAUGGCUGUUUCAUACAUUUCAGCUGGUCCAUUUUCUAUGGGAUUGUAAAAAAAAUUUUCGCGAUUUCGGGAUUGAUAACAUAGUAAAAGUUGUUCAGUAUAAGCCCAAAACCUCCCUGGCAACGGGAAUGCACAUGUUUUUUGGCCACCGUGUAGAGGGUUUAGAUUAUCUCUCCUGUGGACAUAGCUAAAAUAAGGAGGUACAUGUUACCUGUUAACCUGUGUAAUAAAAUCAUUAGUUAUACCCCUUUUUUAAGAUUAAAAUUUUUCUAACCUCAAAAUUUUCUUCUGAAAUGCUAGGGUUCCUACUAUAUCUAAUUGUGCGGUACAAUAAUAUGUAAACUACACUAUAAUUCAGUGCAUAGUUACUCAUAUUUAAUUUUGGAGAAAAAAGUUACCACGACUGAGGUUACAAAAUUUCUAAUCCGAAAAAAAACGAACGUACGGUCACCACUUGUUGAUCCAUUUAGGGUUCAAGUCAAUUUGGUUGUAAAGUAAACCCUAAAUGGCUCAGCCAUUAAAGUCCGUAACUGUACAUAAAAGGAGGACUCAAAUUCACUCACUCAACUCAGAAUACUAUGUGAACCACAGGAGACCAGUUCUCACUAGACUUAAAUCUACCGGGAUAUAAACCGUGAUUACCUUUUAUAUUGUUUUUAUUCAGCUCCCUUUAUAACUGAGUGUAACUGCGUCGAAAUAUCGGGAGCUCAAAAAAAAAACAAUCUUCUUUCUUCCUAGCGUUGUCCCGGCAUAUUGCCACGGCUCAAGGGAGCCUGGGGUCCGCUUUGACAACUAAUCCCAAGAUUUGGCGUAGGCACUAGUUUUUACGAAAGCGACUGCCAUCUGACCUUCCAACCCAGAGGGUACUAGGCCUUGUUGGGAUUAGUCAGGUUUCCUCACGAUGUUUUCCUUCACCGAAAAGCGACUGGUAAAUAUCAAAUAACAUUUCGUACAUAAGUUCCGAAAAACUCAUUGGUACGAGCCGGGGUUUGAACCCGCGACCUCCGGAUUGCAAGUCGCACGCUCUUACCGCUAGGCCACCAGCGCUUAUACAAAAAAAAACAAUAUAAAAGGUAAUGACGGUUUAUAUCCCGGUUGAUUUAAGUCUAGUGAAACUAACCGUGAAUCAUUCAAAACUGAGACAACUUUUAUUAUGACUCCCAUACAUUGACUUAUAUAUUACUUCGUAAAGACGGGCCUUACGGGCACUAAAGAUGGUGCUGACACCGCUGUGCAUGAAUGCGAGCCAAGCGUGCAGUACGACGCAACUAGUUCCGACCGAUCGCGCGCGUGAUGCGAACCCAUCAACCGCGUUGUAGCAUUCCACCGAGGCACACCAAACGAGAAUGUUCGGUCAGAAUUAUAUGAAGGGCCUAUAUUUACUUUUGAAAUCUUCGCUCACAUAUCAGAUAUUUUACAAGCCGUGCAAAGAGAUAUUUACUUUGAACAAUAAUUGUAAUAUAAUAAUUAUGCAUUUUUUAUGAUUAGUAAAUUCGACUGUAUUAUUUUAAUUAUAUUAAUAUUUAUUUCUUAAAUAUUUUAAGUUAUACAUGAUAGAAGCAUAAACAAAUGGUUACCUAUUUUUGCUCUUCAAGACUGCUAUAUACAUACAUCACAUAACUUAUUUAAGUCGUAGACUAGGGGAUAUAAAGUCGCGGAUACUAUAUUUUGCACGUCUUAGUAUUUCUUUGUCUAUGGUUUCGUUCGUAACAAAGACAAUUUAUAAAAAAAGACUGUAAAUUUACAUUGUCGCGUGCUGCAUUGUUCUUAGAGUAAGACCACGCUAAGUUGACAGCGAUUUUGAUAGCCCAGCCUGUGCAAGUGUUAAUUGGGUGAAUCAACUUUUUUUGUUUUGUUAUCCUGUCCCGUUGUCCAAGGGACAACAGUGGCACAGUUUGUUGGAAGAGACGUUGUAUGCCGUUCUAUUAACAUGCUUAGUAGGGGGCCCAUUAUGGACAUUGGUUAUAACGACCACAAAAACGCAAGUUUGAUACAUAUAAGUACCAUAAAAUUAGUAUUUCAAUGAACUUUUGUCCCCUGGACAACUAAUCGUAACCAUGGCAACGAGUGACGCUAAAAAGUUGAUUCUCCCAAUUAAUCAUCAUAAUUUAAAAUAAUACUUGUAUUGUCUGGGCUGUUAAAAUCGUUGUCAACUUAUCUUGCGUUGACUCUCCUUCACUUAGAGGUUUCCGACGGGUCUCUAUUGUUUCCGUAAAGUUUUAAGUCAAUGUAUUGUUUGUCCGCAUUUUCGUUAGACAUAAUUUGGUUUUUCUCAGAAACGCGUAUCUUUUCAGGAUUGCCAUAAAACAAACCUAACCUAACCUAUCUAUAGGAUGACCUAAGGAAAUUCCUGAAAAGUUAACGGUUUCAGAGUUAUGACUAUCAUUACAUUAUGAGUUUCAAUAAUUAUGCGAAAGAGAGGGAUCCGGUUUUCGACGUAUAAAAAACCGGCCAAGAGCAUGUCGGACCACGCUCAGUGUCCGGUUCCGUAGUUAACUGUCUGUCACAAUAGACCUUAACGGGUGCUAUUUGUAAGUAUCAUAUACAUUACAAGCAAAAGCAAGUACCUUCACAGCGAUUUGGACGUUUUUUAACUAUGAAGGGAACAUUUUUGCGAUAACUCAAAAACGGCUUUACUAAUCAUGUCGGCUAUCAAUUUCAUUCAAUGUCUUUAUCAAGCUUUAAAUUUUGGUUAAAAAGCUAGAGGGGGGGGGGGGGAAUAUUUUUUUACCUUCAGCUAAUAUUAUAACCGUAUUAACCGGAACUCUAUUCCCAACUUCUGCUUGUAAUAUUAGUUGUAAAUUGAGAGUUGAAUACAAUUUUCGUCAGUCGCAACACUCGUGACAUCUAGUGUCAAGUAGCGGUACUGAUAAAUCCGCUACUUGACGCUAGAUGUCGACUGCGAAAAUAAUAAGCGUUUUGGUAAGAAAACUGAUGUAUGGGGUGAAAGCGCUUCGCUUACUUAUUUCUCUAUGGCGAGAUGUAGAGAUUACGACUUAGUAGAUAUUGACAGUCUUUAUUAUGUACUUGUCUUGAACCUUAGUGCUGCUACUUAAUUUAAAUUAAAUAAAUUUACAUUACGUAUUGGUUUUAAGUAGCCAUUUAUUUUUAGAGUAAUUCGUUCAUAUUAUGAUAAUUUGCAAAUAUUCCGCCUCAUAGUUUACAUGCGAAUAAUGUUUUUAAAAAAGUUAUGGAGCCAGACCAAGAUAAGUUGGCAGCGAUUUUGAUAGUCCAGACAGCGCAAGUGUUAUUUUAAAUUUCUGUAAAAUUAUGACGUUUACUUAACACUUUAAGAGAGACUUUACACUCACUUUUUUUUAAGACUGGUAUGGGCAUUGUGAAUGUCAUCUCGCUUUGUGUGGUAGGGCACAGCACAGCGGAUGUCAUUCCAGAUCUAGAGCAGAGCCCAACUGGGGAAGUACCUCCACCUUACAGAAAACCGCAGCCAAAUAACACUAGACCCUACUCAUAGUGUUGUGUUCCUGCCGGUGAGUAAGGUUGCCAGAGCUCAACGAGGGGUGGGCGAGGGGUUUAGGGUCGGCAACGCGCAUUUAACUCCCCUGGAGUUGCAGGCAUACACAGGCUACGGAGAUUGCUUACCAUCAGGCGGGCCGUAUGCUUGUUUGCCACCGUCGUAGUAUUAAAAAAAAACUUGCACAGGCUGGGCUAUUAGAAUCGCUAUCAACUAAGCUUGGUCUGACUCUAUCUUCAUUAUAUACAUCUUACUGUAUUUUACCAUAAACAAAGAGUAUAUAAUACGUAAAUCAGUAAAAUUAAACGU